CGGCGAUCGCGGCGGGCAACCCCUACGAGGACCCCGGUUGACUUGGAGCUGGCUGUCCGAGCUGUGGCUUGGAAGACCGACGCGAUGAAGCCCAGACCUGCAGGGUUCGUGGAUAAUAAACUCAAGCAGCGAGUGAUCCAGUACCUUACCAGUAACAAAUGUGGCAAAUAUGUGGACAUUGGAGUCUUAGCGUCUGAUUUACAAAGAAUGUACAGUAUAGACUAUGGUCGAAGAAAAAGAAAUGCUUUUAGGAUUCAGGUAGAAAAAGUAUUUAGCAUAAUUAGUAGUGAGAAGGAACUUAAGAAUUUAACAGAAUUAGAAGAUGAACAUUUGGCAAAAAGAGCAAGACAAGGUGAAGAGGAUAAUGAGUACACUGAAAGCCAUUCUGAUGAUGAUUCAAGUAUGGAAGACUACCCAGAUCCACAGUCAGCAAAUCACAUGAACAGUUCCCUGCUGUCUUUAUAUCGGAAAGGAAAUCCUGAUUCUGUUUCAAAUACUCCUGAGAUGGAGCAAAGAGAAACCACCUCUUCAACACCACGGAUAAGUUCCAAAACAGGCUCCAUUCCCUUGAAGACCCCUGCCAAAGAUUCUGAGGGAGGAUGGUUUAUUGACAAAACCCCAAGUGGAAAGAAAGACAGUUUUUUCUUGGACCUGUCAGAUGAGAAAAGUAAUCCUAAGAAGCCAAUAACUGAGAUACAGGGUUCAAAAGAUUCUUCUCUUUUGGAGAGUGAUAUGAAAUGGAAAGGCAAGCUAAAGAAUAAAGGAAGCAAAAGGAAGAAAGAAGAUCUUCAGGAAGUAGAUGGAGAAAUUGAAGCUGUCCUGCAAAAGAAAGCUAAAGCCAGGGGGUUAGAAUUCCAGAUCUCCAACGUGAAGUUUGAAGAUGUGGGAGGCAAUGAUAUGACAUUAAAAGAGGUCUGCAAGAUGCUCAUACACAUGCGUCACCCGGAGGUGUACCACCACCUGGGCGUCGUGCCCCCUCGUGGAGUUCUCCUUCAUGGACCACCAGGCUGUGGGAAGACAUUACUUGCACAUGCAAUUGCUGGGGCUGAGUGCAGUGGCAUGAUCACAGCUCACUGCAGCUUUGACCUCUCAGGCUCAAAUGAUCCUCCUGCCUCAGCCUCGCAGGAACUUGACCUGCCAAUUUUGAAAGUGGCUGCUCCAGAGAUUGUGUCUGGAGUAUCCGGAGAGUCUGAACAGAAGCUGAGAGAACUAUUUGAGCAAGCUGUGUCAAAUGCACCAUGUAUCAUUUUCAUUGAUGAAAUUGAUGCUAUUACCCCCAAAAGAGAAGUGGCUUCAAAAGAUAUGGAACGAAGAAUUGUAGCCCAACUCCUAACCUGCAUGGAUGAUCUGAAUAAUGUGGCUGCUACAGCCCGGGUCCUAGUUAUUGGAGCUACUAAUCGACCAGACUCGUUAGACCCUGCUUUGAGACGUGCAGGAAGGUUCGACCGAGAAAUAUGCCUAGGUAUCCCAGAUGAAGCAUCCAGGGAAAGAAUACUUCAAACAUUGUGCAGAAAACUGAGGCUUCCUCAAGCUUUUGAUUUCUGUCAUUUAGCACACCUAACUCCAGGCUUUGUUGGUGCUGAUCUCAUGGCACUGUGCCGAGAGGCAGCAAUGUGUGCAGUCAAUAGAGUCUUAAUGAAGCUACAGGAACAGCAGAAGAAAAAUCCUGAAAUGGAAGAUUUGCCAUCUAAAGGAGUCCAGGAGGAAAGGCUGGGAACUGAGCCCACUUCUGAAACACAGGAUGAAUUACAGAGGCUGCUGGGGUUGCUAAGAGACCAAGAUCCCCUCUCAGAGGAGCAGAUGCAAGGACUGUGCAUUGAACUGAAUGAUUUCAUUGUUGCUCUAUCCUCAGUCCAACCCUCUGCCAAAAGGGAAGGCUUUGUCACUGUCCCUAAUGUGACAUGGGCAGAUAUUGGUGCCCUGGAAGACAUUAGAGAGGAGCUCACCAUGGCAAUAUUGGCACCAGUACGCAACCCAGACCAGUUCAAAGCUCUUGGAUUGGUGACUCCGGCUGGGGUCCUCCUUGCUGGUCCUCCUGGCUGUGGGAAGACUCUGCUGGCAAAGGCUGUUGCAAAUGAGUCCGGACUAAAUUUUAUAUCUGUCAAGGGCCCCGAAUUACUAAACAUGUAUGUUGGUGAGAGUGAACGUGCUGUGCGACAAGUUUUUCAACGAGCCAAGAACUCAGCACCCUGUGUGAUAUUCUUUGAUGAAGUGGAUGCUUUAUGUCCUCGAAGAUCAGACCGAGAGACAGGGGCAAGUGUCCGCGUGGUGAAUCAGCUACUUACAGAGAUGGAUGGUCUGGAAGCACGCCAGCAGGUUUUUAUCAUGGCAGCCACUAACAGGCCAGAUAUAAUUGACCCUGCAAUCCUGCGCCCGGGCCGCCUGGACAAAACACUGUUUGUGGGUUUACCACCCGCUGCAGAUCGCCUUGCCAUCUUAAAAACUAUCACAAAAAAUGGUACCAAACCACCACUGGAUGCAGAUGUAAAUUUGGAAGCAAUUGCUGGUGACCUUCGCUGUGAUUGCUAUACGGGCGCAGAUCUCUCUGCUUUGGUACGAGAAGCUUCUAUCUGUGCCCUGAGACAGGAAAUGGCAAGACAGAAGAGUGGAAAUGAAAAAGGUGAACUCAAGAUUAGUCAUAAGCAUUUUGAAGAAGCUUUCAAGAAAGUAAGAUCAUCUAUAUCAAAAAAGGAUCAAAUCAUGUAUGAACGUUUGCAGGAGUCCCUCAGCCGGUGACAUCUCCAGCAGCCGGCUUAGAGGAGCUAGCCCAUCAAGCCGGCAGAGAAUCCCCCACACGCUCUGAAGGACCCGCUUUCAGCUGGACACAGGUGCGGCCUCAUGUAAAUAUUUUAUUUUCAAAUGAAUGAGGCCAAGCUGAAGCUGAAGAUUCUUCCCAUCUGGCCAGCCUUGUGUGAAAAUGCCUUCUUCCUCUUUAAGAAAAAGGAAAAUUUUUAAACUGCUGAAAUAAAAUGACUGUUACAUUUUUCAAAUAAAA